CGCCCCCGCUCUGGCGUGGGAGGGGCCAGCAGACACCGAACUGCUUCGCCGGUGCGCGCGGCGGAACGCAGGCGGGCUGGGGGGAGUUUGCCUAGGCGAACGGUGACGGCGGGCAGCAGAGCGGCACGAGCACGAGCAUCCUGAGGCUAAGGCGUGGGACGUGACUCAGGGAACACUCUUGAGCUUCAUCAUGGGAGCUGUAGUGAUUGAUGAUGGUCCAUCUGGUGUUAAAGCCCCUGAUGGCGGCUGGGGCUGGGCUGUCCUUUUUGGCUGCUUUAUCAUCACAGGAUUCUCCUAUGCCUUUCCUAAGGCAGUUAGCGUCUUCUUUAAAGAACUUAUCCGGGAAUUUGGCAUUGGAUAUAGUGACACCGCAUGGAUUUCCUCCAUUCUGUUGGCCAUGCUUUAUGGAACAGGUCCUCUGUGUAGUGUAUGUGUCAAUCGCUUUGGCUGUCGCCCUGUCAUGCUGGUGGGUGGCCUUUUUGCCUCAAUGGGGAUGGUGACAGCCUCUUUCUGCACAAGCAUAAUUCAGAUCUAUUUUACUGCAGGUGUGAUUACAGGUUUGGGUCUGGCACUGAACUUUCAGCCUUCACUCAUCAUGCUAAACCGUUACUUUGACAAACGUCGUCCCUUAGCCAAUGGGCUAUCCGCUGCUGGCAGUCCUGUGUUUCUUUGCGCACUCUCACCAUUGGGGCAGAUACUACAACACGAGUAUGGUUGGAGAGGAGGAUUCCUUAUAUUAGGUGGGAUUCUGCUCAACUGCUGUGUAUGUGGAGCAUUAAUGAGGCCUUUGGAGCCACCCAAAAAGUCUGAAGCUACCAAAGAAUCACCUGAGAAGAGAGUGAAGAAAAAACUUCUGGAUUUCAGUGUGUUUAAAGAUGGUGGUUUUGUAAUCUACACACUAGCAGCAUCUAUCAUGGUGCUGGGCCUCUUUGUUCCCCCAGUUUUUGUUGUGAAUUAUGCCAAGGAUUUAGGGUAUCAGGAUACCAAAGCAGCUUUUCUUCUGACUAUUCUGGGAUUCAUUGAUAUCUUUGCUCGGCCUAUUUGUGGGAUGGUAGCUAGUCUUAAGUGGGUUAGACCACGCUGUGUCUACCUCUUCAGCUUUGCUAUGAUUUUCAAUGGCUUUACAGAUCUCAUGGGUUCUAUGUCUGUUGAUUAUACUGGCUUGGUGGUCUUUUGCAUUUUCUUUGGUAUUUCUUACGGAAUGGUAGGUGCUCUUCAGUUUGAAGUUCUCAUGGCUAUUGUUGGUACUCAGAAGUUUUCCAGUGCUAUUGGUCUGGUGCUCCUGGCAGAAGCUAUGGCUGUUCUAAUUGGUCCACCAUCGGCAGGAAAACUCUUGGAUGCAACAGGGAGGUACAUGUUUGUUUUUAUUACUGCUGGAACUGAAGUUACCACCUCAGCAUUUGUAUUGGCAUUGGGAAAUUUCUUCUGCAUUAAGAAAAAAUCAGAAGAACCACACACAAAAGAUGAAGCCAAGGUGGACUCUAUUGAAGUGGAGCAGUUUCUGAAAGAUGAGCCUGAAAAAAAUGGCAAAGUUGUAACUAACCCAGAAACAUGUGUGUGAACAUGACAGGAAGCAAAAUGUUUAGAAAAGGAAGAUUUUCAACACUAUUUAUUUUAGAAAUAGAUCUAGUUUAGGGCUGGGCCGUCUGCUUUAUUACCUGGAUGCUGGUCAGCUCUUCGGGUCUCCCUCUGGAAGCUGAUCAGCUACACAACCUUUUAUUGGAGAAUUAGCUUUAACAGUAAAAGGUGGAGUAUUUUGGUUAUACUUUUUAUGUAAACUAAACAAGCUUUUAUAAACACAAGUAGUCUUGCUAUGCAUCACCAGAAACUACUCACUUGGAAGACACAGGAAGAAUAUAUUUUAAAAAAAAGUGGAAUUAUAUGUAUGUUUUCAAACAAUAUUGGUGAAAUUGCUGCGUUGUAUGGAUAAAUAUAAUUUCCCUUUCUGUGUUCUUUGUGAAGGUGAGAGAGUUCAAGAUGGAGAAAAAUCUCAGGAACUUGAAGUUCUCCAUUUGGUUUUUGAAUUUCUUACUUUUUUAGAUUUUUAGAUUAAUUGGCUCAGCCCUAACUUACCUUUGAUGUAUCUGUUACCUUGAUUUGUGUAAGUGUAUUUCUAGGUUUUUGUCUAAACCUAUAAUCUUUGUAAUUAUCAUCUGGAAAUAUUCAAUGUGAAAACACACAUUACAGAUACUGUCCUCAGCAGAUAACACAAGUGGUAUUAUGAGGUAGUAUGAAAAGAAAAUAAAAUGAGCAGAACUGAUCCUGACAGAGCCUGUAAGCAAACAAAGUCAGCCAAUGUUUACAUACAUGGUUUUCAGUAGUUCCCCUGCAGCACUGAAAAUUAUUACAAGCAACAUAGAGAAGAUGAAUAUUAGGUUUAGUAGAGUCUUCUGAAAGAGUGCGCAUUUUAGAUAUAAAAAAACCUGUAAGUUUCCAGAUGUUAGCCACGUAGGAAGUUCUUAAUAGGGUGUUUUAUUGUUUGGUUUGGUUUUGUGGGUUGUUUUGUUUGUUUGUUUUGCUUGGGUUUUUUUGUGUUUUUUUUUUUAAUUAUUAUUUGUUUUGUUUUCUUUUUCAUUUGCCCACUUACCCAUCCUUUUGGUUAAUCUAUGGAAAAAGCUGCCAUUCUUGCUGGUUGAGAAAGCAUGAUAAUAUUGUUGAUUCCCAUUUAUGACAGCAGUACACAAGGACCAAUCAGUAACGGGGUCGGUUCUGCUACUCAUUCUGCAAACAGAGUGGGGAGUAUCUGGCCAGUCUUUAGAUUGUCUCUGAAAUUGUCAUGAGGGAAGGAGAAGAAACAGGUCAACCAAGGUAGUGACAGCAUAGCUGAAGAAACAAGGAGAGGGAAAAGAUGCAUGUGAAAACACUGAAUAGAAAAGGAAGCUAAAGGGAAGUCAAUAUGUAUUUUUUUCCACCCAAACACAUUAAAGAAAUUUAUUUUACACAAAAUUCUGCUACUGCAAUGCAUCUUUCAGGUACAUUUAUAAAAAACUCUAGAGUUUGUGACUGCAGUAACAAUCUUCAGAACAGACCAAUUGUAAAAGAUUCUGUUUUCUUGUUGGUAGCAAAGGAUUACUGGCUUUCAGAUGCCAAAACUGUUUUGCAUAAUAACUGAAAACUAAAACACCUUAAUCCCUUAAAACUUUUUUAAAGAGUUUUAAGAGUUUUUUAAAGAGUGUACCUUUUUAAAAAUAACACCAUUAGUUUCAUACUCAACCAUUUUAACAGAAACAUACAGUAAAUCCAACAAAGUGCCAAAACCACGAACCAUUCCGUAAUGGAAUGGUAUUUCAGAUACUCGCCUCCAUUCUGGUAAUUUCUUCAAAAUGGUUUUGCAUUGUUAGGACAAUUGCACAGAAAUUGAAAAGUUAGGAUCCUGACAGGUGUUGUUUGUUUGUUGUUUGUUUGUUUUGAGGUUGUGGGGUUUUUUUUAUUUUUAUUUUUAAAAAGAAAUCGAUGCUGCACUGAAUAAACUGUUUAUUUU